AUGGGAAUUUAUACAUGUAUUAUGGCGAUAUUUGUACCUGCAUUGCUCAAUAUUAUAUUAAAUACACUUAUCUUUUCAUAUGUUCGAUCUUCUACUCGUCGUAUUCAACCUCAAAGUAAUAAUGCAUCGACAAAUGGUUCCAACAAUCAGCAACCAAGAAUGAGUCGUCGGGAUAUGUCCUUAUUAAAACAGAUGCUUGUUAUGUUUUCAAUGUUUAUUGGAGGUUGGACUCCGAUUUUAAUUGUUUACACUAUGAAUAUAGCAAUCGAUGUUGAUAUAAAAAUCAUAAAGAUCACUGUAUUAUUUAGUGAACUAUGUAUAUUUGGUAUUGUUAUGAAUUUAUAUAUAUAUAAUCAUGAACUAAGACAUUAUUUAUUAAAUAAAAUUCGACUUUUAUUUCAACGUUAA